AUGUCAAAAUCCCUCGUCGCCUGCUACGGGCUGCCGCGCCCUCAGGGCGGCGCCUCAGUGGAUGGCGCGCACCCCGACAACCCGGUCGCCCGCCUACCCGAGGGCCUGUACGACGUGGUCACCGUAAUGUCAGCGAGCGGUGCGCUCACCGACGUGGCAAAGCUUGGCGAGGCGGCAAAGCGCGCAAAGGCGGGUGGGAGCGUCGAGGUGCGCGAGGUCGUCUGGGCGUGGCCGAGCGCGGAGGGGCGACCGCCCGCCGCUGUCGCGCCGGCGCUGCAAUCGCUCCGCGCGGCGCGGGUCGGUGACAUCCGGACGGCAGAGUCGCUGCGGCGCGCCGUCGUCUACGCCGGCCUCUCGCCGAGCGGGACGAGUGUGCGGCCACUCGCCGCGCCCGAGCUGCGCGCGGCGGCGGAGGCCGCGUACCCUGCGCUCGCCUCCCAGGCUGCGGCCGGCGCGGCCGAGGCUCACGACGCGCUCACAGCCCUCGCGGCGGCGCUCGCGCCUCACCUCGCGCUCGGCGUCGUGGACGCACUGCUCGACGAGGAGGACCUCGCGGCCAAGGUCGUGGCGCAGCCGGCUUGCGACCCGGACGCGCCGGCUUGCGACCCGGAGCGGUGCGGCUCGGCGCUGGCCCUCUGUUGUCUCUGCGCGCCGGUCCAGAGCGGCGCUCCGAAGUCGGCGUGUGGUAACUGCGGCAAGGGGGACGCCUUUCGGUGCGCCACGUGCCCGCACCGGGGCACGCCCGCCUACGAGGAGGGGGAGGUCGUGCGGCUAGACAAGAGCAACCUGGUGGCGGCCGGCGACGCGGCGUCGCUCCUCGCGGGACAAAAGGGCUCACGCCUCGACACGGACGGCGCGGGAGUCGUCGCGCUCGGCGAAGACGAUUUGGUGGACGACUUCUGA